AGAGCUGCGGCGUGACCUUGCUCGGUUGGUCAUCAUGGCGGCUGUGGUCAGGUUGAGUUCUGUGUGUCGCAAAGGAAUUAAUCCUUUGUUCUUUAGAAGCUCGUUAUUGGCCCGGCCGGUGGUUAUGACACACAGAUAUCAGGAGCAGCCCCACCUGCUGGCAGCCAGGAUUCAUUCAUCGCAGGCGCUGCACGCAGCCUCCAGUUCUAAAGCCGCCUCCCUGCACUGGACGGCAGAGCGCAUGCUGACUGUCCUCCUGCUCGCCAUGGGGCCUGUCGCGUAUUUCAACCCGGGUCCUGUCGUGGACUACUCGCUGGCCGCCGCCCUCACCCUGCACGGACACUGGGGUAUCGGGCAGGUGUUGACGGACUACGUUCAUGGUGAUGCCAAAGUCAAGAUUGCCAAAGCAGGUCUCUUCGUCCUCUCUACCGUCACCUUCGCCGGACUUUGCUACUUCAACUACCAUGACGUGGGAAUUUGCAAAGCCGUUGCUCUAUUAUGGCGCAAAUAAACGAGAUGGACUCAGGAGCUCGGGAGGUGGGACUGACGCACCUGCACACCGGGAUGGGAUGAAACUCGUCCUGUACGAUUGU